AUGGCGGCGCAUCCCACUCCCGAUAAGGUUGUCCAUGACCGCCUCCUCGCGAGACUGAGUCCGAACGCCAAAGACGAGUCCACGCUAGCAGGCGUUCUGUGCGAAGUCUGGAGAGACCAAAGCCUCGCGAAGGCGGUUGAAAUCUAUGACUUCGAUCACUGCUUCGACCUCAUAGAUCAUAACCCGACACUUCAGACUCUGACUCGGAAGGCGUGGAGAACGGGGGAUUAUACAGCGCUGAGGAACGAAUUCUCCAUUCAUCGCGGAGCGCAUGUCGAUAUACAGGCCAUCGAGAAACUCAUCCAAGAAUUCAAGAGCGCUUUGCAGGAAGACAUGAGAGAAUUGGUGAACGGCGGUGUUACUUUUGACACGUGGCAGCCUCCCGAAGGCACUCCACCAGAGUACGAUGCCUUCUUCCGACAACUGCAUGUCCCCUGCAUCACCAGCGAGCGCAACCUCCCUAACCUCCUUGUGCAUCAACUCGGCUGUUACGCCGCUCAGGAGGAUGUCGGACAACGCAUUGAGGGUAUAUUUAGUCAGACCUUCAUUGAUGUGUGCAAUGCGUCGGGUUCUGGUAAAACUCGAACUCUCUUAGAAGGCCUCACUCGACAUUGGGGCUUCUACUUCACAAUGGCGAAGGCGAAGGGGGCGAAGGGUGUGGGGUCAGACGACUGGACGAACGCUUUGAGGAACCUGCUCGGCACAACGGGCUUCACGUCUCACGUCGACCCCGCAUCCGAAAUCGGCGCGGAGGCCCAAUCGACUUAUGUGGAUAAAAAUCACAGAAUCGUGGGUCUCCGUGUCGACGCCGUCCUCCUAGCCCGUUUCGCAAUUUUUCGCUCGUUUCUUGCAGAACUACCUGCCGAAUUCUCGCCUGCGCAGGAAGUGGACUUUCGAACGCGCUGGCUUAUGCUGCAGCUCGACCCGAGAAUACUUCCCCAUCACCGUGGCACGGAUAUCUUCUCUCGCCUCUCUCACGACAUCCUCGAGGUGGCUUCUCGUUCGUCCGUCACUUCAGAGGCUCUGUCUGCCAUGGUCCGGACGUCCUUCAAGGAAGUAUUGACCCCGUCUGAACAAGGUGCCAUAUUGCCUAGAUCGCGUCUUCUCCCCGGGUCCUCUAUACUGGAGGGGCCGUUUUACAUCAUAAUGGAUGAAGUUCAAGCCGUAACGAGUCGGUUCAAGCAUGCCUUUCGCUCGGCAACUGUGAUGGACGAGAAUACCGGGGAACUUCGGUGUCGAUCUCUCUUCCGUGCUAUCCUCGUGAAUGUCAUGGAGCGUACAGCGGCGCGACCAUCAGUCUUUGUUGUGCCAACUGGCACGAAUGUCUCCCAUACGGAUUUUGAUGAGAAUGUCCUCAGCGCUGGACAGCGCGGAAACUGUGAGCCACGUUCGGUGCGCUUCACGGGUGGCUUGACUACUAUCGACGCGCUGGAAGCGUACACGCGGCGGUAUCUGCCCCCGGCAUACCUGCGUAGUGCAUCCGGCAAGAGGCUUCUUCAGCGAAUCCUCACUUGGCUUCCCGGCCGGUAUCGCUUUACAGCGCAGUUCAUCUUUUUUCUCAUGGGCAAUGGGCUACGUUCUCCGCACCAGCUCCUGAAUAGCUUCGUCUACGCAUACACUGAGGGCUACGUGCCGACGGAUGCGGAGGAUCUGAUUGCACACGAGCCUGAAUAUCAGCUGGACGGCAUAAGGGCCUCUAUACAUCAUGUUGACUUGGUUGACAUGAAGACAUUCAAUGAAGAUAGCCAAAAGCGCGCGACGAUCUUGGACGUCGUUCGCCCCAUGGUUCAUAGCUACCUGUUACGCUCGGCAGCCGACAUUAACCUCAGUUCGGACGAUUCUGCGAUCUUGGUGGAGGUGGGCUUUGGUCGUUAUGCAUCGCUGAUCCAGUUAUUGGACCAGCCUGAGCCCAGCGUCAGGCAGCCUCAGAGCGCUGAGAUCAACGAGCCGCUGAUGAUCCUGCGACUGGCCACGCACCUCGGGAAGCAUGUUCGGCUCGCCGCCUACUAUCACUUCGCGACUAAAGUCGGCACGUCUAUCACCAAGACCAGUAGCGACGGAUGGGAGAACUUCCUGGCACAUUGUCUUUUGCAGCUCUUCUCCAACAAACCUGAGCUUUCCAGUGUCUUCAACAUCGUGGCCGAGCAGGCCAGCGACUUCGCGGAACUGAUGUCCUGCCGUGCUGAAUUGGUUGGUGUCGUGCGCGCAAACGGGACUGACGUCGUUGGCCCCGUGUGCGAUAGGCACAACCCCCAUGUUCGCAGGCCGAGCGUCACAUUAGGCGUCAGCACUGCCAGUAAUGACAUCGCAAACAACAACGCUAGCGAUGAGGAGCGUGACAAACGGAAAUUCGAGAAAACCUUGGAUUGGCUGAAGAAGACACCGACCCCACUCCUCUUUCCCGACACGAAUAUGGGCCCCGACCUCAUAGCGAUCCUGCGCCUGAACGGCAAAAAGCUGUGCUGGCUCCUUCUGCAGGCCAAGCUGCUCACUCCCGAGUGGAAAUCAAAAACGAGACGCUAUCAGGUUAAGGGGGAGAGUAUGAAGGACGCCAUAUGGUCUGUAACUCCGGAACGCCUGUACCUUUCGAGAUCUGCCCAUCGUCAGAAGGAACCACAGAAAGAAGGCUCGCUACGGAACCAUUCCGACGCCCUCGAUGCGCUGAAGACACUGCCGGAUCGCACAGCCUUGGCCGGAGAGUACAGCGCUCUUUGCGCUGUCGCGAUCUUCCCGGGGGUUUCGCAACUCGCUGACCAUGCCAGAACAGCGAACCCAUGCGCAAGUCCAUUGGUCGAGCUGAACUUCGAACACUUCAGAACGAUCUUCAACCAAGUUGCGCCUGCGAACAUGAUCAACGGCUUCGAGAUGGACAAAGAGCGCUUCGCCCGGGAGGAAUACCAUAGAAAAAAGCUCGAGGAUAAGGCAAAGCGGGAGCAAUUGCAAUCGGUCCAGCACCCGUCGGUGCACACGGGCCAGAAGGUCGACCCAGUGCCGAAGGGAUACGUGAAGCCUAGGAAAAACAAGAUUGAAAAGAGCGACGGGAAGAUACAGGGAGAGGCGAAGGGGAAGGAACAGGAGGAGGCGCAGGGGAAGAAGAAGCACACCGGCAGGGGCAGCGCACGCUCUGUGGCACGCCCUGCCGCACCUCGCGGCGCACGCUCUGUGGCACGCCCUGCCGCACCUCGCAGCGCACGCUCAGUGGCACCCCUCGACGUACCUCGCAGCGCAUCCGGCGGUGGUACCAUGGACGAACUACCUAUCGCCGGCGUCAACGGCUCUGACUUGUCCUCGUAUUUCCCGCCUUACGACCAGGACCCGGGAUCUGACGUCGGACCGCCGGACACGGCCACAGUCGCAUCUGGGGACACGGGACAGUCGUCCUACGCGGGCGGCCAGUCGUAUAACGCCGGCCAGUCGUUUUUCAAUUCGGUUCUGUUGGGCGCCGCUGGUCCAUCUCACCCGCCCUAUCCUUCGCACUCGCGCGCAUCCGCGUCCGUGGACGCCCUCUCGCAUUCCUCGAUGACGCCGCCGGCUCUCCACCACUAUUCGUACAGCGACUCCUCCGCCGCGGGCCCUUCCACCCUCGUCAUUCCUGCGUCCUAUGCGUACAGUCACGCUUCGUCCGAGUCUGCUAGGACGCCGAAGCGGAUGGCAGAGCAGAUUGACUUGGACUCCGAUGGCGACGUCGGGCCCUACAAUGACACUGGCAGCCCUUGGAAGAAGCCGAGAUUCAUCUCUUAA